AUGAAUAAUAAGAUUGAAAAUCUCUCUGGCAUCCCUGAAUGCCUUGAGCUUACAACGCUGCUCAUGCAGAAAAACGAGGCAUUGUCAAAUAUCUCGAAUGGGUUCUUCCGGUUCAUGUCAAAGCUAGUUGUUUUGGAUCUAUCUUAUAACAGAAAUCUCUCGGAGUUGCCAGAAGGAAUUUCAGACUUGGUCUCCUUGCAGUACCUCAACAUGUCCAAAACAAAUAUACAAUGUCUGCCUCUAGGCUUACGAGAGUUGAAAAGGUUACUUUACUUGAACUUGGAGUUCACAUGGAACCUUUCGAGUAUUGUUGGUAUAUCAAGUCUACGGGAUUUGAGAGUAUUGAGAUUGCGGGGUUCUGGUGUACCACUGGAUAUCAGCACGGUGGAGGAGUUGCAAGUCUUGGAACAAUUAGAAAUUUUAACCAUAGGUAUUGGUUAUGAUUCAGGUUUUGUUCAGUUUCUAAGCUCUCACAGGCUGAUGAGCUGUACACGAGAUUUAGAGAUCAGCGGUCUUCAACUAGAAUCAUCUGGAAUAUCAUUUUCAACAACCAUGAACAAUCUCCAGUAUCUAGACUUUCUUGGCUGCACAAUCUCCGAGAUAAAGAUUGAUAUGACAUGUUCUCCUCUCCGGAAUCCUAUAACUCCAUGCUUCUUGAGUCUCUCUGAUGUUUAUGUACAAGGUUGUAAAAGCCUAAGGGAGUUGACGUGGCUGAUGUUUGCUCCAAAUCUUACAUAUAUUGAUGUUGAGUCUUCAGAACAACUUGAAGAUAUAAUAAGCAAAGAGAAAGCUAGUGUAGGUGAAGCAUCAGGUAUUGUUCCUUUCCUAAAGCUGAAAUUCUUACGCUUGUCUAAUGUACCAGAGCUGAAGAACAUAUAUUGGAGUUCUCUACCUUUUCCAUGUCUUAAGACAAUCACUGCAAUCAGAUGUCCAAAGCUGAAAAGACUUCCUCUCAAUUCCAGAAGUGGAUUGGAAGGUGAAAAGGGACGACUUAUCAUAAGAUACAGAGAAAAAGAAUGGAUUGAAGGUGUGGAAUGGAAGGACGAAGCAACCAAAACUCGCUUUUUACCUUUCUGUGUAAAGGUUUAGUUAGCUUAUCAUAUUUCAUAAUGUGCUAGAUUGAGAUCUUGCGCGGAAUGAAGUUAUUAUUUUUAUUAUGUUUUGGAAAAUGAAACAAAAGUUCGGUUUCAUCUAGAUUAAGGAUGUUCAAUCUGGAUAUCGGG